GCGCGCAGGCGCGCGGGGCGGUUCCGAAGUGAAUUCUGCGCCGGCAAGUUCGAGAGGCUGCUGUAGCGCUGGCGGGCCGCAGCGGCUCCACGUGCUCCCGGCCGCCGGUUGAAACCGUUGGCAGGCGCCGGCUGAGGACAAGAGUUAAAGCCUAUCUUGGAUAGAGAGUAUUUAACCAUUUAGGUAAAAUGGUAUUUUUUACAUGCAAUGCAUGUGGUGAAUCAGUGAAGAAAAUACAAGUGGAAAAGCAUGUGUCUGUCUGCAGAAACUGUGAAUGCCUUUCUUGCAUUGACUGCGGUAGAGACUUCUGGGGUGAUGACUAUAAAAACCACGUGAAGUGCAUAAGUGAAGAUCAGAAAUAUGGUGGCAAGGGCUACGAAGGCAAAGCCCACAAAGGCGACAUCAAGCAGCAGGCCUGGAUCCAGAAAAUUAAUGAAUUAAUAAGGAAACCCAAUGUCAGCCCCAAAGUGAGAGAACUGUUAAAGCAAAUUAGUGCUUUUGACAACGUUCCCAGGAAAAAGGCCAAAUUUCAGAAUUGGAUGAAGAAUAGUUUAAAAGUUCAUAAUGAAUCCAUUCUGGAGCAAGUGUGGAAUAUCUUUUCUGAAGCUUCCAGCAAUGAGCCAUUUAGUAAGGGGCAAGAUCAGCAGCCUCUUAACCAAGUGGUAAAGUCAUGUUCAGAAGCCUCCACCAAGACUCCAGCAUCCUCCAAGGAUAAUGACUCCAUAGAAAAGCCAGCAGAGGCAAAGAAGAAUAAAAGAGAAAGGAAGGAAGAACGGCAGAAGAACAGAAAAAGAGAAAAGAAAGAACUGAAAUUAGAAAACCAUCAGGACAAUUCAAGGAGCCAAAAGCCCAAGAAGCGCAAAAAAGGACAGGAGGCUGACCUUGAGGCUGCAGGGGAGAGGGGGUCCACGGCCAAUGGCUCCAUAGGGAAGAAGGGCAAGAAGAAGAAGGGCCAGGGCAAGCAGGCAGGAGAGGAGGACGUCAACAGGGUCAGGGGCCCCGAGGAGGACCCCAGCAAGGUGGAGAUGAAGGCCACUGUGGGAAGAAGGAAGCGGAAGCACUCAAUAGCUGAAGCAGAUUCUAAGAUGAAAAAGAUGAAGUUCCCAGGACAACCUGAGGCUGGAGAAGCAGAGGACGAUGAAGCUCCUACGAAAGGUACCUCUGCGCCAUUUGAAAAGCAUCGCCUACUUAGUUUGGGGAAGGAGCCAGCAGAAAUGCCCCUUUCCUGGGGUGGAUCAGGUACUUCUGGUAAAUUCAACUGGAAGGGAACUAUUAAAGCAGUCCUGAGACAGGCCCCGGAUGGUGAGCUGUCGAUCAAGAAGCUAAGGAAAAAGGUUUUAGCUCAAUAUUACACGGUGACAAACGACCGUCACAGAUGUGAGGAGGAGCUCUUGGUCAUCUUCAACAAGAAAGUCAGCAAGAACCCCACCUUCAAGUUAAUAAAGGACAAAGUCAAGCUUCUGAAAUGAGCAUUUCAUACUUAGAAACUGAGCCCAUUCUGUUGACUUCUUCCUUUUACUGCUGUUUGUAAAGUGUGUAGGGAAUUAGAACAACUCAAAUCUUGUUUUAUGAAGCUGUAUUUUUAAGUUAAGGAAAAAAUAUAUUUUUGUUAGAACUUUUAUGAAAAAAUAAAAUAUAUUCUUGCCCAAAAUUCUAAGUCUGUGGGAGAAGUCAUUGUACUUUGAAAAGUACUUCUUGUAGAAAAAAUUCUUUUAAUGUAGUACAGUGACAAGUCAGAAGUAAUUUCUCCUGUGAUCAGACUAGAAAGGAUUCAUUUCAACCACAUCAUUUCUAUUCAUUUCCCACCAGGGCUUUUGUGCUUUUGAAUGUCUGUGUUGUAACAAUGUGCUUGACAAUGGCAGUAUUUGAUCCGUGGAUGGUUGUGACAGUGGUCUUUUGUCUGGUGAUCCUUAUUUAGCCAAAAGUUUUCUCCUCAGAGGAGGCUGGUCUGUAGCAGUGUAGGCCAUAUACACUCUGACCAGGCUGCCUUUGGCCAAGGACAGAUGGCCAUGGACUCCCACUCGGGUGUGGCCUGUGGCCAGGAGUGGAAGUGCAGGGAAAUAGCCAUUGAAGACAGAGCACGCGGCUGAGCUGACCACUGCUCCGGUGCCCUCUCAGCUGAACUGCUGCCGAAGCGAGAUCAAUCUGAGGUGUGGCUCACUGGGCUGGAGGGGAGCCACGUGUCACCUCUUUUUGAUAUGGAGUAGGUUUUGCCCACAAGUCCUUUAUAAACCUGGUGCGUCUGAUAAGAUGCUUUAAGGUACUCCUUUAGCCAGUAUUGUCGGUACUCAUCCUGCAGGUGACAGUGAAGACUGGGGCGAGUGCCACAGGAGGGAGAAGAUAUUGGUGCAGGGUGACUCCAUUUGAGCCUUCAAGAUAAGCCCAGGGAGCCAGCUUGUGUGCCAGAGGAGCUGGUUCUCAGCCGGUUCUGUGCUGUUGUGCAGGGGUGAACCCAGGGCUCUCGUCUGAAAAGGACUGCAGAAUCAGGCCUAGAGCCGGGUCCUCUUUGUCCUUUCCUGGCCAGCCUUGCUAAACCUCACUUUCCUCAUCUGGACAACAGGAUGUAGAGGUUCCUUGGAUUGGGAGUGAAUGAAUGAAUAUACAGCAAACCUAAAACCCAUUCAGUGUUGCCAUCGUUGCUGUUCCUGGGAACCACGGUUGAGCCAUGAGAUCUGCAGAUGACUGGAAAGCAAAGGGAGAAGUAGGAAGAGAAGGUGGCCCAGACCACAUGCCUAACUUGGGACAGACACUGAACACAGCUACUGCCAAGACCAGCUUGGACAUCCCCUGUUCUAGUGCCCAGGUGCAGAAGUGUGCCUUCUGUCCUUGCAGCAUGACGGACAGGUGCAGAGCAAUCUGGCCCCAGAGGAUCACAGUGCUGCUCAGUCACCAUGGCAUUUCCAAAUGUAGAUGGAUUUCUAUUUUUCUGUCAAAUUUUGUCAAUUUGACUGUGGUAGCUUUAAGGCAAAGUUUGGAGAAUGUGACAAAAUU